AUGGCUGCUCAUGGGGAACGGACAGGAGAGGAGCAGAGGGCAGCGAGCAGCAGCAUGAAUGCAUUGGCCUACCCGCUUUCGCUCCCAGCAUUUGAGGUACUGCUGGAGUGCUUGAAGAGAUACAAGCAGCCUUUUCCGGCGCGAGCGGAGGUGAUCACGGACAUUAUCAAUGCAAUGCUGCCAGCAGAACAGCAGGUGACCAAGGUACAGGUUUUCAACGUGCUCGACAAGCUUAAGACACAAGAGCCCGUGUUCGCAGUCAGGCAGCAUCUUGUGCAGCAGCGUACUGCAAACAAUGCCAGCUGGCUCCAGCUCUUCGGGGACACCAUCCUCAGCCGGGAGCUUCUCAAGAGGCACGACUACAACCUGUACUACGCUCAGACCAGCUUCUCCGCUGCGGUCAACGUGCACAACGUGCUUUACGGUCUCCAGCGGUUCACGGAGGCACCGGAACUGGGCCUCCAGCACAAUCAACACCUGCGCACGCACAGGGGUGCGCUGUACGUGAAGCGCUUUGAAGAGGGCUACUUGCUCUCAUGGGUGCUGCGAUUCUGCCAGGAGCUUUGCGAGAGCCAGCUGAGCGAGAUUGAUCUCCGGUGGCCGCUGGAUGUCCUGAUACACCGGAUAAUCGACCCCUUCUGGUGCCAACUCAGAGAUGAAGCCCUGGAGCACCCGAAGGUCUGCCGGAACGAGUUCUGCGGGCGGUACGCCCAUGUGGACGGUAACUGCAAGGUUAUCCGGAGCUGUUGCGCCCGCCGGGACGUGGAGAUGUUCGAGACGGCAAUCGGGCGAGUCGUGAAAGGCUGCCCCAAGACGCCGGCGCGAGGCAAACGCUUCUGCAAGGAGCAUCUGCAAGAGGCAAUACAGAAAGGGCAAGACGGGGAUGCACUGCCACCCGAGGCCGGGGAGCCGGGUGAUUCGGACGUUGAUGACGGCGACAACGCCGCCGAGAGCGACGACGAGAUAGUUUUUCUGGGGGAGGGCGAUCAGGGGCGGGAGCAGGGGGGCGCCACCGGGGACGUGGCAGCCGCAGACGGAAAGACGGCGGGCCGGGCACGUGACAAGGGGAAGGGCAAGGCGCCCGAACCGGACGGGCCGCAGCAACAAGAGUGGGAGGUCAACGAAGACGCACCGGUGGCGCUCCGCACCCGUGGGCGGGCACAGCUUGCAAGUUCCGGGGGGAUCUGGGAAGCGGAGCGGAUCGUGAAGAGCAUGGUCAAAGGAGGGGUAACGAUCUACCUCGUCAAGUGGAAGGGAUUCCCAUCAUCGGAGAACACGUGGGAGACCUAUGCCGACGUCACCAUCGGCGGCAUGGGUCUCAUGAACGAGUUCAAACGCCGCCAGCUCCCAGACGACUUCUACACCCGCGACCGGCAGGACAAAGAAGAGGACCCAGCGGACGAGACGUCGCAGCCGCAGCAGAAGAAGAGGAGGAUCACAUCCUGCACGCCCCGGGUAUCGGCUGACGGCAAGGGCCACACGGCGGGAACGGUCGUCAUGUUCUGGUGUUGCGGUCACAUGUUUCCCCCGCUGGAGAUGAUCCUGUCGGAGAGCACAACGUUGGUUCAUCACUACUUCAUGGAGUGUUUCGACCGCGUGGAGGACCUGCCCGAGUACGCGGGCAUGGACGACAUGUGCCAUUGGGCACGCUUUGCCGCGAGCGGCGGCCGCCCGGACAUGUGCGCCAAGACGAAGGCCUUCGUGGAGAAGGUGAAAAAGCUCGUCGACAAAUUCCACUACUCGAAGAACCACGUGGGGAAGUGGUGCAAGGAGAACGUGAGCCCGUUCCUGUAUCCGGAGCUGGAGGGAGCUAACAUGAGCGUCUGCGAGCAACGGUUUAAGUGGUUCGGCAAAUACCGAUGGCUAGCGAGAAACAUGAACCAGCGGCGCUUCCAGUUCCUGCUCCUGAUACUGACCAAGCUGGAUCACCUACAACGGGACGCAGCAACCAAUCGCCAUCUCCAAGCUCUGCAAGCCGCGCACCCGGGGGGGAGGCAGCCAACCCUGGCCGGGUCAACGAAACGACAGGUGACUAUCCAAAGCUAA